AUGCUCUUCUACGUCGGCGCGUGUGCUCCUGCCAAGGCUGUCAAUGAACCAGCCCCAACCCGUGAGGAGUACGUCCACAUAAGAGCGAUUGAUGGCUGUAUUGAGACUCUGCGCGCGAAUUUACACGUCCUUGGGGGCGGCAGGGAGCACGACGAUUCAGCCGUUGCGGGGAUAAUCCAGAACGACAUAUAUGACGCUGUGUUUGACAGUCUCCAGACCAGGCGGUGUAAUGUGAUCGUGGACGCGUAUGGCCGUGGCCUCCAUGAUGCGGGUGUGAGCGCCGGCAUUGCGAUUAGGGGUGUUAUAGCAAGGGCUUUCAAAAGUGGGCGGCUCCAUUUAGUCAUAGCUGAGCUGCUCGUUUGGGCCUGUCAUCAGCUAGGCCCCAGGUAUGCUAUCUACGAAGUGUGGCAACGCGUCGACUUCCGCUAUACCUGUGACUGUUAUGGAACUGAGCAUCUGGGAGAUAGCGGGGGAGUAGGUCUGCGAAGUAUACCCGGAUUUGCCAGUGUACUUAAGUCCCACGGACUGACUGGCUCCGUCGUCGAUAUCCAUGAAGCCUGGGCGUCGUAUUACCGCCUGACCAAUGAUGUAUGGGCCGGGAAAUCGGUUGAUGACUGGGUACUUACGGCUCGCCCACUGUUGGAGUACUACGCUUGGUGCGUUGCCGACGGCUCUGACGCGGUGGCAUACGGGAAAUUAGCCGACCUGUCAGUGGGCGGAUUCAUCAUCGGGAGGCACACGGAAGGCUUACCCACUGGGCGCACCGAGUGCCGCAAAUGUGCCCGAAACGAGUGGUGCAAUGAAGAAAACGGGGCUGUUUAG